CCUAUGCCAACAAACACAAGGGUGCAAAAUGGAGUAACGGUGAAGACAGUACUGUCGGGAAUCCCACUGAAUGUAAUUCCACAUUCAAACACAAAUUGUUCCGUCGCAGGUGAAUAUUAAGGCUGGUAGAAACCGCGGGGAAGUCGCCGUCGUUGUUCCUGCUGUCGAUCUAGCUGCGCAAAAUAGUCAAGAAUGGAGCCAUCAGAGCAGUCAGGCCCAGACUCGGGCUCUCAGGAUGUCAAUCCUGUGUUUCUGCAGCAGCUCAGAGAGCUGGACAUCCCAGAGGAAGCAGCCAAACAGGCACUUCUGCACACCCGGAAUGUGUCUGCCGAGGAGGCGGCCAUGUACUACUUCAACAAGCUGGAGAAUGAGGAGGAGGGAGACGAUGACCUAAUCUUCAAGAUGGUGUUAGUGGUGAACAUGGACCUUGCUAUGGGUGUUGGAAAGGUGGCAGCCCAGGUUGGCCAUGCUGCUGUGGGUUUGUACCAGGCUCUACAGGAGAAGAACAGCUGGAGGGAGAUGGCCUGGAAGUGGGACCACAGUGGAGCCAAGAAGGUGGUGGUCCAGGGCACCAACGUGGCUCAUCUAUUGGAGCUGCAGGCUCUGGCCAUGAGCCUCAGCCUGCCCACUUACCUGGUCCAGGAUGCAGGGCUUACCCAGGUGGAGGCUGGGUCCCGCACUGUUCUGGCCAUCAUGGGUGAGGAGGAGAUGGUGAACAACGUCACUGGGAGUCUGAAGCUGCUCUGAGGGGCUCUAACCCACAGUGGGGGGAGGCAUGACUCUGCAAUGCCACAGUGCGACCAGCAGAGGGCAGCAUUUCCCAGCAACAGGGAGAGUCUUGGCAUGCAAGAGUGUAACAACCUUUAAAAAAGACCAGGGGAGACCAGACAUGUCCCAACACCAGAAAACAAACACUCUCAGCCAUUUGUUUCCCUUUCAUUCUUUGUCUGAGCCGCAUAGUCGGCCAUUGAGAGCAGGAGGAGAGAGAGACCAGUUGUUCAUAGGGGGACAAGACGAAGGCAGUCUUUUUCUGGUGACCUUUUCUUUUUUAAACAGGCCCCCUAUUUAGAAGAGUCUUAUUAGAAUCUUAAAACAUUUGCAGACACAUCUAGUUUGUUGUCCAGUAUCAGAUAUGGCAAAGUUAAAUUACGUAUUUUUGGUGGUUGACCAGUAUUGUAGUUAUGCUUAUUCAAGGGGCCGUGUACUGUAGCUUAAUAAAUAAUGUAAUUAUAAUUAUACCCAUAGCUGAUGUAGUAUUUCCCUGUUGGAUUCACUACUCCUGAGUGAAGGGCAACUUAUUAACUGAUAUUAUGUGAACUCAUUUUUGACGUUUAAAUGAUUUUGUGUCUGUAUGCAACUAUUCUCCCAAAGAUCCCUAUCCUGUAGUCUCAAUAACAUUACUUAUUAUUGAUAAAUGGCUAUAUUUUGUAUACAUACGCCUGUUAUACUGUAUAAUCUGUGGUGUGCCAUCCUUAACAGUAUGCACAGUUACUGGACUUUGUUGUAUUGUUUUUUUUUUCUUUAUGCAAAAGGUAAAAAUAUUCUAAAUAACAAUUUUUGGAUUUAUCGGUAGAAUUUGAUGAUGGGCGAGACGUUCUGUGGAGCCAAUAUGUCAUGUAGUAAAGGCCUGUGCUGGGCCUAACUUUAUGCACUCGGAUUGCCUGCCGUGGAUAGUUUACAAUUGUUAAGUUGAUCAACUUACAGCUUGAGCGAACGCUGAUGAUGUGUGUAUGACAGUUGUUAUGGACUUUGUGAAUAGUCUUGUACACUAAUAAUCUUAAUACACAAAGAAUGAUGUAUGAGCUAUUGUGUGUCUAUGUUCUUAAUAAGACCUGUUUGUGGGCAGAAACUGCCACUCCCAGAUCUCUUAGCUUCAUGUCAAAGGUUUUAUUUGUAACAGAAAUUCUGUAAAAAUGGCAGUGUCAUGCAUGCAAUAUGAAAUGUAUAUUUGAAAAUACCAUUGGAAUCCCAAAGUUAUGUCAAUUUCAGUAACAUGUCCACACUUUGAUACCUCCUGUGUGUCGUUUGCGUGAGUGCUUCGGACUACGGAGACAAUUAAAAUGCCUCCAAAUUAA